AUGGAUCACUUUCUCUACCGGCCGCUUCUCGCAGCCACCAUCACCGCGAUGUCUUUUGUCGUGGGCUGCCAGAUCUCUCUCUCCUACGUGACCCUCGCAGCACUCCUAGGCCCACCGCACAGCGUUUCCGAGGACAUACUCCUGCAGCAGUUCCGCACCGUGUUUUGGCGCGGUUUCCGGCUGUGUCCCGUGCCGGCUUUCUUCGCGACGCUGUGCUGCCUGGUCAACGCGGCGCUGGUGCUCGGUCAUGUUGGGCUCUCCGUGCAGAAUUUUUUCCAGGGCCGUGUGCCGCAGCUCCUGCUGGUGGCUGUGCUUGCUGUUGGCUUGGUUCCUUACACGCUUAUCUUUGUUGUGCCGGUUGAGGAGCCCCUGUUGAAGAGGGAGGCUGCGUUGCGGGGGAAUGGGAAGAGCGUAAGGGCGUGUGCGAAGAAAUAUGGGGAUGGGAAGGGUAAAGAGGAGCUUGGGGAGCAGGAUACCAUGACAUUGAUGCGCAUGUGGACGACUGUUCUCAGUCUUCUGGCGACAACUAUGGACGUCUACACAGCACCUCCCGAGAACACGUACCGAACCUUGACGCUGUUCAGCUUUCCGACUGAGUCGGGAACGGUACUCGCCAUUUCGACCAAAGCAUCCCAAUAUGCUUUCAUCGCGGCUGUCUAUACCAUUGUCAUUCAGUUAUGGUUCGCCUUCCUCUGGCAGGUCGCUGCUGAGAUGUGUCUGAUACGCCGCCCGCGGUGUCGACAAGAAUGGCUGGCCAUGGUGGCCAUCCGCAACGCAUCCGAGCCAUGGACCGCUAGCUGGGCUCUGCUUGGGUCCAUGUUCAAGCUUCUCGCGAGCAGGAAUGAAAAUGACCGACGGGGGCUUGGUGUCACUGCGCUGCUUAGCGUACCGACUGUGGUCCUGGCCGCUGGGGGUAUUGUGACGGCCCUCCUGUACACGGAAAGCAUGCGGCUCGGUAAUGCAGCGCCAGUAUCUCCGUCUUCGGUGUUUGUUCCCGAUGCUUCCACAUCGACUGGCUACCAACUCUCGAGCUACUACCAAGCCUCCAUUCUCAGGGCUCUGGGAAGCGCGGAAAGUGCUGACGACAGCACCCGCCGGUCGUCCGUUAGCGUUAGCAAGCAUGGACUACCAUCCCCUAGUCCCAACACUACCAACCAGCCAGCGCAGCGCAUCUCGUAUGGCUACACUGUCUCCGCCUACGAACUCGGGAUCCAAAAAUUGGCCGACUUCGCCAUCCAAGUCGAAGGGAGCUGCGUUACCGAUCCCUCCCUCAGCUUCUUCGCCCUCACAGACACAUCCGUCGGAUCUGUCCUGGACACAACUAACCAAACCUACGCACUCGUUGCCACCACUGCUCUGCUGGGGAGCUUUACACCGAGCGGCGACCCUUGGUACUUUACCGAACUGGCGACGGGCGGGUCAACCGUGGCGUACGAGACUGCAGGUCCGCCAUACAGAGUUGCACCAGGCAGACCCGUCCUGUCCUGCUGGGAGGACAUGCAGUUCUGCCUUGGUAAGGAGACCAAGAGAUGCAGCGAUCUUUGGACAAGCGGCUUGCCCAAGGGGCUGAUCGGCCACCUCAGCAUUAGUCUCGCCAUACCCAUGAUUGUCACCAUCGGUUCCGGCGCCGGCGUUUCGGCACUCAAGGCUUACUCAGGCGUCGGGGCGGGAAUGUUCUUGGACGCCACUUCGUCAAACAUGUUCGCUGAUGUAGAGCGCAUGGUUCUGGCCGCCUUUCUUGCAACCAAGGAAAUCCUCCGCGAUUCGGCACUCCUCGGGAGACUGCCCGGAACCACGAAUCUGCUUGAAAAGCCCGACGGAACCCUAUGGGAGGGAGCAGCUGACUUCAUUAUCAGGACGAGCGAUGUCGUUGCUAUACGAUUCGAUCUUGCCGUGCUUGCGCCCGUCGCUACAGUCGUUGCGUUGCUUGCAGUGCUGUCAAUCGAGGCGUAUAAAAGGCUCAGGGGGCUGAAAAACAGCCCUUGGGCCUUGCGAAGUAUCCUACUCUACGGGACACAGCUCUUUCGGCUGUUUGAUACCAGGGAAUCGAACUCAGCUUGGGAAAUUGAGUCAACAAAGGCUCAAUUGCCCAUUCUUGAGUGUUCGGAGAGCGCGAUUCCAGAACUGGAACCAGUCUGGAACGAUUCGACUGGCGCGUGCAUCAUCACAGCCACACCGCCACGGCAACCUAGAAGUCCACAGCAUAGCGAUGAAGUUUCGGAAACAACCGAGCAUCUCCUUCACCGGCACCCAGAAGAGCAUUAG